UUUUAGGGGUUCAACCUUUGACCUUUUCUUGAGAGCAAGUAGCUCCUUACCUAACGCAAAAUGGAGUGUUUCAAUUGCAUACGUUUGCAAACUGGACUGAUCUAAAUUGCACUGCAGAACAGAUCUUAUAUUUAAAACAGAUAUUAAACGAAAUUGUGCAAUGCAUGAAUUUGUUUUGAUUUAAUGUUAGAAUCACGUCAGGUCCAUUCAUAUUUUUUUUUACUUUCAUUUUCACUUUGUGAAAGGUCAGUUGCAUGUUUUACUUUUAGGCCUGCGCCUUGUUUUGAUCAUUAUUACUGGUUUCUUAACGUUCCUUCUGAGAACAGCAGUAUUUAUAGCGCUCUCUAUCGGCGCUAUUAUUAGAGAUGUGAUUUUCCGCUUUGGACACUAGAGAGCGUUAUUGCGCUUGUGCUACACUUGCCAACAAAUCUAGCAGAACAAACCGUAUUGUAUGUGAUAGAGCAAAUCACUAUGCAAUGCACUCGAAAUUCAGUUAAAUAAAACGUGCUGUAAAUUUCAAACAAAGGAGCACAGUGAAGGGUUCGGGUUAAUAUUUAAUUAUGAAAGUUAGCAAAUAAAACAAUCUAGAGCUUUAGUUGAGUUUCUGGAUACUGUACCACUAAUAGACUAUUCAAUUUCAGACAUCAUGACACUGACGGAUAAACGCAACACUAUAGACUAAUAAUAUACCAGACUGUAAACAUUUGCCUUGUGUUAUAGUUUAAGCAUUAUAUGAUGCAUAAACACUAAGCUACUCUUUUAACCCUUGCCACCUUAUUUCAGUAGCUGUUAUAGACAGAUGAUUAAAGAUAAUUAACGACAAUAGCCUACAUUUUUGGUAUAUAUAUAAAAAAAAAAAUAAACAAAUAUUGCACAAAUUUCAAAACCAAUUAAUUAAACAUCAAGUUAUACUAUACAUGUAUUAGUUUAAUGGAUGCAGAAUUUAUUUAGGUCCCAAAUUAAACCCCAAAUGUUGUUAAUAAUAACAACUUUGCUCGACAGCAGCCUUCAAAAUUGUUAGAAGAAUGAAAAUGAAGUUCACACUGCGAAGAAUACAAUAUACUAACACAAUAAACGAACAUUUAUACAGCAAAGCCUGAAGACUUGUUUUUCUGCAGUCAGAUUAAAUAACUGCACGAAACGUAAUUACGUCAUCGCGUUACAGUGCGUAAGGAGCCUCCCAUAUUAUAACUUUUGCUUUAGCAAAUGAAACCGAGGAACAAAAUCUGUAUAAUUGUUUAGGCAAAAAAGAGAGAAAAUGAAGUUUGUUUCAAAAUUGCUCUCAUUGCUCAUGUAUUUACCCAUUUAUGGUAAGACGGUACAAUAAUGCCAGUAUGGUCGUGUGAUCAAGCUGCAAAAGAUCCUCCGUGAGACUCGUAUGUUUGUCUGAUGAGUGCAUGUGUAAAUCAGUGAUGUUCUGCUGUUUGUUUGCAUGUAUCACUAUUCAAGAUCUUUAGAAAAACAUUUUCACAGCACUAAACAGUUGUGCAGUUUUGCUCGGCUUAUGAUUGACUCCUCAUUUUUUUUUUCUCCAGUUGUGUCUGAUUUUCACACAUGCAUAGUGUUUGUAACUGAGGGAGAUUCAGUCACUCUAAAUUAUGCUGAGGCAUUAGGAAUUGAAGAUGAAUCGUUUACUUGGAGAAUUGACAAACUUAUGGCUGGACACAAUGGACAUUUCUGGAAUCGGUCUAACUGUAAAGAUGUUCAGUGUAAGGACCGUAAUAAGCGACUCCGAGACAGACUGAAAGUGCAUCAAAAUGGAUCCCUGACCAUCACAAACGCCACAAUCACAGACUCCGGAGGUUACUGGUUAAAGGUCGAGCAUCCAAGGUUCGGCGACGAUGUUAGAUUCUACUCUGUUGUUGUUCGUGGUUUUUUCAGUUUUGAUACAGAUGGAGUGUCAGUGCUGGAGGGAGAUUCAGUCACUCUACACACUGGUCAUCAAAUGAAACAAGAGCAAGUACUUAGUUGGUAUUUCAAUAACACUGUCAUUGCUGUAAUCUUUGGAGAUCUCAGUAAGAUCUGUACAAAUGAGAGAUUCAGAGACAGACUGAGGCUGCACAAUCAGACUGGAUCUCUGACCAUCAGGGACAUCAGAACCACAGACUCUGGACUCUAUGAUCUACUGAUCAAUAGCUACCGUGGUUCCCGCAGCAGAAGAAGGACCAAGGUCUUUCCUGUUGCUGUUCAUGUAAAAGAUCCAGCUGAAUGAGAUGAAAUAGAGAGAAGGUCAGUGGUGGAGGGAGAAUCUGUUACUUUAGAUACUCAUGUAACAAAAAAACCAAUAACAGUUCAAUAACAUGGUAUUUUAAUGACACUCUCAUUGCUGAAAUCACUAGAGAUCAGCGUAAAAUCUGUACAGAUGUUCAUUGUAAAGAUACUGUUGGGAGAUUCAGAGACAGACUGAAGCUGGAUCAUCAGACUAGAUCAUCACAAACAGCAGAACCACAGACUUUAUACUGAUCAGCAGCAGCAGAUUUAGCAUCAUUAGGUUUUUUCAGUGUUACUGUCACUAGUGAGUAUCGUUGAGUUGUGAUACAUGAAAUAUCAAUCUUUGUUCAUGUAGGUGGCUGAUUAAGAGUGAAUGAUCGGACAAUCCUCAAAUGCAAACUGUGUGUGUUUUGCCUUGAGAACAACCAUACAUUUGUGUUGUGUUUUGCUUUCUUUUUAAUAUAUUCUUCAUUUAUUCUUCAUUCAUUAAUCAUUUGAUCAUUAUAUUCAUUUAUAUAUUCAUUUUAUUGAUUCAUUCAUUUAUAUUAUAUUAUAGUUGUUUAUAUAUAUAUAUAUAUAUACAGUAGUCAACAUUUGAAGUGGAUCAAAAUCUUUCAGUCAAAGUUGUCCUAAAACCAAAACAAUACCUUAUUCUUGUCUUAGGACAACUUUGAUGAACUAUUUUGAU